AUGAUGGCGACCAGCCAGGCGGGGGGCGAUCGCCCCGUCACUGCGCCGGCGAACACGAAGAAGGGCGCGAGCCUGGAGGCGCAGCUCAACGCACUGCUCGCGGAAAUCACCGCCGAGGACAACAGCGUCGACCCGGACGAGCUCAGCGCCGUGAAGAACGCGAAGAAGCUGUACGACGCGCAGUCGAAGGUCUCCGUGGGCGUCAGGGCGCGCGAGGAGAUCAGGCGGAGAAAGGAAACCGCCCUGGCGACCGCUGCGGGGAUUCUAACGGAGUCCGCUGAUCGCACCUCGGGGCUCCUUGCUCACGAGGAUUUCUUCGCUCUCCUCCGAGAUGCCGAGACCCCCUUCUCGAAGCGCGAGGAACGAAUCCUGCAAGAGAUCUUCAACGUCGGCCAGGAGCGCUACAAGCCCGAGGUCAUCAUCCAGCGGCUCAGAGACAUCGCCGCGCACGGCCUGGAGGCGUUCCUUCACCCCGCGCACCAGCUCGUGGGCGACGCCGCCGCGGGGCUGGCCGGCCUGGCCAUCGUGGACAAGCAGGCGAUGGCGGACCAGCCGGCGGUCUCCAGCGUCGACGACAUGGUCGACCGCGACAUCCGCAAGGACGUGACGGCGGGGGCGCGCCCGGGGGACCACAUGAUGGCGUCCACGCCGGCGAAACUGCAAGGAAUCGGCAAGGAGGAGUACAUGUGGGUCAGGGGCUCCGCGGCGAUGAACGCCAUGGGCGGGCACGACGUGUUCCGGCUCGGCAUCGUCCGCCAGUCCUCGGUGCGGAAAAUACAGCAGCUGUUCGACGAGGCGGACCGGACGCACCGCGGACACAUGUCGCUCCCGGACUUCAAGUCGUUUCUCUCGAAGCGCGCGCCGCACCUCUCGCGCCAGGCGGCGUCGCUGUUCCACACCAUGGACCCGAACGACAACGGCUUCAUCACCUUCCGGCAGCUGCUGGCGCUGCUGUACCCGGGGGCGGGGCAGAACGAGAUCGACGCGCUGCUGCACAUGGUCAAGGCCCGCGACGAGCGCGAGACGGUCACGCGGCGCCUCCUCGAGGACGUGGAGUCAGUGUUUGCGAAACACGACAAGGGGUCGAAGGGGAUGCUGCCGGCGCGGGAGAUCCUCAUGGGGCUGAUGGAGAUCGGGUACGAGGAGCGCGAGGCCAAGGAGGUGGUCGACAAGGUCACGAAGGGGUCGGGCGUGCCGUUCUCGCUGGCCGAGUUCAAGGAGUGGCGCGCGCACACCAUGGUGGCGUCCGCGCUGGUGCGGUGCGUGCGCGAGGUGCUCGAGAACCCCGAGGAGCUGUCCGGGAGCGCCGAGGCCUCGAGCCACCGCGCCAAGGCGCAGGCCGCGUCGCCCAGCGGGACAGCGCACGGCCACACGGUGCGGUUCUCGAACGAGCCCGUGUACUCGUCGCAAGAGGCCUCGCCGACCGUGGCGUCGCCGGCCGCUGCAGGCGCGCGCGCGCGGCGCUCGUCCGCGGUGGGGUGCUCGACGAUGGGUCCGCCGCCCGUGGCAGCGGCAGGGGCGCAGGCGCGGCGGCCGCCGCAGCCGGGGGCGCUCGGGGCCUCGGACUUCGUCGCGGCAGGGACGUACGAGACCGCGCCGGCGAUGAUGCGGGCGAAGCGCGGGUCGACGGCGGGGUUGCAGCCCAACGUUGGGCCCGGGCCACCGCCGCAGGUCUCGGGGGCACGUGCGCGGCGCGGAUCGGUUGGCGGGUUGCCGCAGCGCCCGGGGACGUCGUCGGGCGUGAGCGCGGCGAAGGCGCGGCGAGCGUCGUUCGUCCCGGGGAUGUCGAAGCACGCGAAUCGGAUGUCGAUGGCCGGCACGCAGAACGCCAUCGAUGAGUUCAAGGCCGCGACGGACGACAUCCGCAGCUUCAUCGCCGGGUUCCGGCAGUCGGCGCCGAACGAGAGGGUCGCGCGGACGCCGAACGAGUCGGAGAACAGCGAGAACGUGUCGCCAAAUGCAGUGCCGGGAAUGCGCAACCGCAGGGAGUCGCGGGGCAUCAAGCUGCCCAUGUACAAGCGGAACAUCCCCUUUUCGUGA